CAGAGGAAGCUGCUGCUCUUGUUGGUGCGAUCAGCCCUUUCUUUACCCGCGGAAUGAAGCAACACUUUGGGUGCUUACUGAAGACGAUAUGAACAAAACAACGUCAUUCGUGUGACUGUACACUUGACUGUAGGGAAACAAAGAGGGGGGAUACUGGCUGCAGGAGCAGAAGUAGAGGUUUCUGUUUGAACUCUGAAACCGUUUGUAGACCAAGCGCAAAAGUGCCAAAUGCCCAGAUUAGAAGAUCACUGCUGGACCUGCUCUUGUUCACCGAAGACUGAAACCAAGCAUUCGUCCGGAGCGAGCUGGUUCGCCUCCAAAGCCGAAGAGAUGAUGUCCAUCAUCACUGCGAUGCUCGGUAGCGCCUACGGCUCCCUGCACGACGUCCGCACCGCCAACCUCAUUAGAAGGGGUCUGGUCCUCUUCACUGUCGGGGUGUUUUUGGCGCUGGUGCUCAACUUGCUGCAGAUACAGAGAAAUGUCACGUUGUUUCCAGAAGAGGUGAUGGCAACUCUGUUUUCAUCUGCCUGGUGGAUCCCACCAUGCUGCGGGACAGGAGCUGCUGUUAUUGGCCUGCUGUACCCCUGCCUCGACAGCCAUUUGGGAGAGCCACACAAGUUCAAGAGGGAGUGGGCCAGUGUAAUGAGAUGCAUUGCCGUGUUUGUCGGUAUCAACCAUGCAAGUGUUAAACUAGACUUUGCCAACAACGUGCAGCUCUCCCUGACCUUGGCUGCCUUGUCUUUGGGCCUGUGGUGGACAUUCGACCGCUCCAGAAGUGGCUUCGGCCUGGGAAUCACCACCGCCUUCCUGGCUACUGUCAUCACGCAGCUGCUGGUCUACAAUGGAGUUUAUCAGUACACAUCUCCAGACUUCUUGUAUGUGCGCUCCUGGCUCCCGUGCAUAUUCUUCUCAGGCGGUGUUACCGUGGGUAACAUCGGACGACAACUGGCCAUGGGGGGCGUGGAGAAAACCCACAUGGACUGAACGGCAAACUGCCAAAGAGGCAGACAUGAAGUGAAGAACAGCUCGAGUGGAAAUGGAUUAGAGGGAUAGGAGGAAUGAGAAGGAUAACCUGAGUCCUUGUUUUUCAACUCCAUCCUUUGUUCUAAUAACCAAGUACAGGUCAAUUACGCCCCAUCAGCUAACGUGCCAUGCCCUCCGAACCUCCUCACAGCCAAACCGAUCGUCAUUCCCGUUGUCCUCCAUUAGCAUUAAGGCAUCUUUCACACUACACUGGAGGAUGGAUUUUGCCUUGUUUUACUUUUGUUUCGUUUUUUUGAUGUGACAAUUGGACACACAGUGGUUUUAUUCGUGGCGUGGACUCUUGUGUGCACGAGUGUUUGAGCGUGGGUGUAGUGAUGAGGUUGCAAAGAUGUCUUGAGAUUUUCUUCGUUUUUUCAGCCUGACUGAUAUGGUCAUAAAAGGGAAAUGUAGUCUAAAUGGGAACGCACCUGUGUUCACUCUUACGUAGAAACGUAUUCAGUGGCUUUGCAUGUUCCCAGACAAACCAAAUUAAAGUAUUUAUUUUGGAAAGUUUUCACUGAACUGGCAAAUGUGUGGUAUACAGAUCGAUGCUUUACAGUUUUUGAGGAAUGGUUUGGGAAAUUAUUUGCUUUCUUUUAGUUUUAGCCAUGAUUCUUUGCCAAGCAGCUGCAACAUUUUGCAACAGAACCUUCUUUAAGAACAUGUCUGCAUUUGCAAAAUGUUAUUUAUCCGAUCUCGAAUGAGUAACAAUUGAUUUUUACACAGCAAAAUUUGCUUCAGAUUUAUUGCUUGGUAGUGAUUCACUGAUUCAAUGCAUUGAUACAAAAAAUAAAUAUGUUAUCAUCAAAACAGAUUGAGCUGAGCUGUUUGGGGUUACCUAUGUGAAAAAAGGUAUUUUCUCCCAAAAGCUGCAUCUCCCUGUAAAGCUAAUUUAGACCUGCUUUAAAAUUUCAGGAGCAGUUACUUAGCUCUAGUUUCCUCACUUCAACAAAGUUAGAGAAAAGUUUUUGUGUGAGGCCUUGAAAAGUGGAUGUAAUAUGAGUAAAUAUGCAGGAACGCUUAUUUCUUGCAUCAGGCCUUACAGGCUCUCGCAUCUGCAACUGGACUCGUCCAAGAGUUUCUAAUUUGGAAAUUGGGCUUUGAACAUGGGGAUUAAAAAUGUUUGUUAGCUUUUCUGCAAAUGGUAAAGCGAGACUUUGUUCUUAGAAAUUUCAGUUAAAAAAAAAAAGGUUAUGAAGAUGAGCUUUGCAUUUGUUUUCAGGAUUUUAGAAGAAAUCAAAUGAUUUCCCAAAGUGUUGAUUUAUGUAAAUGUUGAUAGACGGAAUGAAAAGCAAGGGGGCGUUAAGUAAAAAGUUCCAUUGUUCAGGGUAUUCUGUACUAAGUGCGUAUAAGCACAUGCAUUUGUGUUUAUGAGGUACAUGAAGAUACUUGGGGCGCUUCAUGCAAACUUUUUAAUUUUUUUUGCUUGUAAAAAAAUAUAUAUAUAUUUACUUUUGGCUGACAGCACGAUAUCAGUUUUCUAAAAUACUAUUUUCUGCUGUUUUAGUUCCAGGCAAAAAAAACCCCCAGAGGAUUGUAACUGAAAGAAAAAGAGAUUGUAAACAAAAGUAUCUCCACCUUUAGGAGCUAAACGUCACGUAGGAUCAUGUGAUCACACUCAGUUUUCCCAGCUGCUUUUAAAAACCCGCUCGGACAGUUUGGGAACAUGCACCAAUUAAACGUGUGGGCGGGACAUUAUUACGUAAGAUUUGCAAUCUGUGAUUGCCUGUGUUUUAUAGAAUUUAGUGCUUUUGUCACUAUAAGGAUUUAGUUUUCUUCUUUGUGUAAAGAUAGCGUCAUUAGUGCUUCUGUGUGUAAAAGCAUUCUGCCGAUGUAAUCACCAGGUAUUACAACACUAGGCCUACAGUAUGUUUAGUGUUUAGGGGUCAAGAGGAUUAAGUGCAAUCACACCACACAUGAGCCGAUCGUUUCUUCUUAUUUAUUAUUUCUGACAAAGGCUUAAAAAUAAUCCGUGUAAAUGCAGUGUGACUUGUUUGGAAACAAAAAAAGCAAUAACAUCUGUUUUUUGUCAGAUUUCAUGCCUUUUGAGUCAAGACCAAUGACUCCCAUCAGAGACGAGAUAAAAAAUAUAUAUGUUGUGUCAAACUGUUGAUUAAAUCUCAUUUUGUAGCAUUAUAUAAGGAUACCUGAUUUAUAUUUUGAAAUACUUUGUGGCAGACCACUUUAAGUAGAGUCUGCAUUCAUUCAGGUAUGCUAAACAAGAGAGGAAGCUUUAUUUAUUGUAUGUUAUUUCUUCUUCUUCUGAGGUGUUGAAUCACCUUGUUUUUAUUUUGAUGUGUUUUAGUUCUUUGUGUCUUAAAUUUGAGCGAUGUAUCGUUUUUGCUACCUUGAGUUCAAUUGAAAAAUAAAAAAACCUGAGAAGGA